AGAGGAGGAAGUGAACGUUGUAGUGAGACAUGUGAAUCACAAUAUACUGGAGUGUAAUUCAAGCUUUAAUUACAUUUUGUCACGUCAGGCUUGAACAGAAAAGCAGAGUUGGAUAGCUAGAGUCAAGCAGCUCUGAUUUAUUUAUAGUUUUCUGGGCGCGAGGCAGCGUUUUGUUAACACGAGGACCCCUCCCGUGUGCAGGUGGAUGUGCAAAAGUUUGUUUUGGGUCACAUCUUUGGAUCUGAGUGCCGUGCUAAUCUUUGCACAGGAGGACAUAAAUCACUAAUGAAGAGCAAAAUCAAAUGGCUUUCGCAAACCUGUUCGCGAGACUAUCUGCUGUAGAAGAAGAUGUCACGAGACCAGCCUCCACGCACAGGAAUGACAGUGCGAAAGGAGCCAAUGGCAGAAAGAGGAAAAAACAGGCUGACCCGAGUGGCCCUCAUAAAAAGAAGCAGCGUUACCAAGCCCACAUAACCAGAAGUCAUAAUGCGACAUCCUUCAAAGAAGAAGACUCCAGAGCCAAAUAUUACCCUGUGCAUAACACUGAUGGUGACCACGCAACUGCGGACUUUGACAAAGAAGUGAUCAAUAACCACGGUGGUAAAGCUCGUCAGCAAGGUUGGAAUUACAAAUCAAAAAGUAACUGUAACGUGAACAAGCAACAGAAGAAAAAGAAGCCGAAGAAGCGGAAAAAUCAGCAACAACAGAAGGAAGGAUGGAGACCUGCAAACAGAGGUGGAGGCUGUCAGACUAGAUCUGCUUGGAGGAAAGAUGAGAGAGAUGGAAAAAAUAACUCUGACAAGAAGGAACGUCCGAGAUUCAUGACGCAGGAGUUCAAAGACCAGAAUGCUGUGUUGGUGGAUGGGCGGUUAGUUUGUCGACAUUUCCUCUGGGGAAGGUGCAUUAAGGAUACAGAGUGCCAGCUGGAGCAUAUUCAGUGUUACAACGACCUCAUCAAAGAAGCUUGCAAAUUCUACAUUCAAGGAUUCUGCACAAAAGGGGAGAGCUGCCCGUACAUGCACAAGUCUUUUCCCUGCAAGUUCUUCCACAGAAAAGGGAAAUGUUUUCAAGGAGCAGACUGCAAAUUUUCCCAUGAGCCACUUAAUGACGUCACCAGCCAACUGUUGAAUGAGGCAAUAAAACGGGAUAAUGAGCUCAAAGAACUUACAAAAAAAGCUGAGCAGGAGUCGCCAGGUCAGCCUGAGAACACAGAGUCCGAAAUAACAGAAGCAGGUGACACCCCUGAUGCACUCCUGCAACCACUCAGGCCAAACUUUUACAACAGUGCAGAAACAAACUCGGAGAAGGAAACCUUGUUAUGUCAGACUGAAGAACCGACUGAGAUCCUCGAAGAAGCUGACCCGCCUCGUGCAUCAGAUACGGCCCGAUCUGACAUCCCCCCGUCAAGUAACCUUAAUCACGAGGAGCCAGUUUGUUAUUCAGUGGCUGCAGUGCUUGGACCUCAACUAUCCAAACCUUUCCCUAGUUUCUUUACAACUCUAGGAAGUCACGAGUCUGGUCCUCUCGCUUCUUCUGAUUGCACUUCAGGAUCUGCAAACCAAAACGAGGUCCCCUACUCUGUGGAUGCAGUUCUCAGGUCUUUUAAAUCAGAAAAUUCUUCAUUUGGCCUCGUAUCUCCACCUCCUCCUGCACAGACUGUAUCCUAUACCCCAAAAACUGACUUUGAAGAGAUCACAGACACCACAAAUGAAGUGAACACAUCCAAGAAAAAAAUGUUCAAGAGCCUGCCAUCCCUGCAAAAGUGCACCGGCCUGAUUUCAAAGACCUGCCCUCGUCUUACUCUGGCAUCCAGUGAUCACAAGAAACAAAGUGGAAAUAUGCCAGAAUCCCCGAAAACGACUCAAAAAGCUGCUCAUGAAAUGAAGUUAGAGGUGCUUCAGUCUGCUGUUAGUGUGGGAGAAAAAUCCUCCAAAAACACAGAAGAUAUAAAAGGAAGCAUAAACCUGCCUACGGAUGUUAUUGUAAACUGUAAAAGUGCAGGUGUUCUUCCUCCUGGACGCACUUGUCAGACUUCUACUCCCAAAAAUCCUGCACAGCCGAGGCCACAUCUCUGUGCUCUGACAUCUGACUCACAAUCCUCAAUAAAGCUCUUUUCGAGUUUGCCAGAGUUUAAAGGUGGAGCUCCUGCUGAACCCGUCACCAGCUCCACUAAGACGAGUGAUUCUGCAAACUCUGCCACAGCAAAACAGCCCACUGAGGUCCACCCGCACUCCAAAAAGACACAAUCUGCCCUCAAACUUGGAGCGCAACAACAUCAUUCAAAUGAAAUCCCAGCAGUGAGCAGCAGUAAAAUGGCACAUGGUGGCGAUUUGGCAGUUGAAUGUAAAAGUACCCAGAAAAGACCCUUUCACAGCCUUUUCGCAAGCCCCAUUACUGACACUCUGUGGCCUAUAGGAGAUUCUACAUCACGCUCCUCUCGUCCUCAGUCUUCUCAUCCUGCUCCACAGUUUGCAGCUGGCAGAAGUAAUUUUGGUAGAAGUGCGGUUAAGGCUGAGAAAGCUUCUGCCAGCUCCUUCCAUAGCCUUUUUGCUGCCCCUCUCAGUGCUGCUCCUCCUCCAUGCGUGCAGUCCCAAUCAGAUCAUUCAAGGACUUCCUGCAGCUCUCUGAAGUCACACCAGUCAGUUGAUAACACGUCCCAAUCAUCAAACGCCAAACAGAGGGAUGUUAAUUUAGAGACAGCUCUCCCACACCAGGUUAGAACUGAUGUCAAGGAAAUCUCUCAUGCGCCAACAUCCCCCAAUUUCUCCCCGAAUCCCAAACUAGAGAAUGAAGACAGUUCAGCCGAGCAUGUAAAUCAACCUACAAAGGAGGCGGUAAAUCCCAUCUGUAGCCCUGUGUCCGAUUCUCUCAGUGAGACGUCUACCAGUCCAGCUCCUUGUGGUAACACUCAGUCUAUAACCAGCGCUAACCAGCAGCUGCCGCACAAAGGAUCUGAAAAGGCAGCCACCGCAAACUCAGUUCUGAAGACUCUAUUUCAGAGCCUGAGCCCGUACCAACAGGAUGGAGACCAACAGGACAGUCACAAUAAAAGCCCCUCAGUUAAAAGGCGGAUAAAAGCAGCACACGGUGUGUCUUUGUGAAGUAAAAGGGGUCGAUGAAAGAAGAUGCUCAAGGUCUCUACUGAGCUCACAGUCAGUACAGGAACACCACAGAGUUGUUGCCUCAGUCUUCACCCUGUACACCUAUGAGUGCGUCUCCACCCAGGACAACACUGUCAUCAUUAAGUAAGCAGAUGACACAACCAUCUUGGGACUCAUCAACUGUGGGGACAAGACUGGAUACAGGGAGCUGGUUAACAACGUCCUGGUCUAUGGGGAGGAUAAUGACCUUUUCUUCAACAUAGACAAUACCAGAGAAGUAAUCGUGGAUUUCAGGAGGAAAGCCCCCCCCCCAUCCAACCUCUCAUUAUUAAGGGGACUGAGGUGGAGAUGGUGAACAGCCACAGGUUUCUAGGACUCCACGUUACAACAAACCUGAGCUGGGCCUUAAACACUGCUGCCCCUCACCCAGGCCUACAGAGGACUUAUAGAAAGCACCCUCCCAUACAGCAUCACUGUCUGGUUUUGAAUCAUACCCAGGCAGAGAAGAAGGCUCUCCAAAGGGUCAUGAAGGUUGUCGGAGAAGACCAUUGGAUCUGACCUCACCUCCAUGGACACAUUUUACACACAACGCUGCAGGCAGAAAGCACAGAGCAUCCUCAGGGACACUAACACCCCGGGACACUCCAGGUGCUCAGACACAAACACUCCACAUACAACUUCAGACACUGCAGACUGGACAGUAUUAUAAUGCACAAAGCACAUUUCUAUAACAGUUUAUUUGGACAUGUUUACCCAAACCUAGGGCAGUGUGCAAUAAAAACUGCAUUAUGAGCAACACCGAUACUUUUGGAUGUUUUUUUAACUUA